UCGUCUCCUUAAAAAUUCUGCCGUCCCGAAACGGUGCAGCAGUAAGGAGUCCCGAGGAACGCGUCCAACAUCACAACGCACGCAAACCAUGAACGCGUACGACUCGUUCGAGGUGUUCAAGCAGAAAAGCCACGUGCCCAACUUGGAGGAGGAAUGUCUGCCGCUGCGGCUGAUGUACCGCCAGAGGCAGCUGAAAAUCGACGCCGACGGUUCGGAGAUAGUGAGGUUCUUCAACGGCAAGCACGUGCUGGUCACCGGCGGCACCGGCUUCCUGGGCAAGCUGCUGAUCGAGAAGCUGUGCAGGGCCUGCGAGGAGAUCUACGUUUACGUGCUCGUGAGGCCUAAGCGCGGCCAGGAGUUCACCACCAGGCUGGACGACAUCUUCAAAGAUCCGCUCUACCAACCACUGUCGGAGAUCAGGCCCAAGUUCCAGCAAAACAUCUACCCAGUCAGAGGGGACAUAUCCCUUCCAGGCCUUGGAAUAGAGAAGGAGGAACGUUGUUCCUUGGCCAAAAAGAUCAACGUCAUCUUCCAUGUGGCCGCCACGACCAAAUUCGACGAGCACAUCUCCCUGGCAACCGCCAUAAACGUCAGAGGAACGGCCGAAAUUCUGGAACUGGCACGUGAGUGCGAACACUUGGAGGCCCUAACGCACGUCAGCACCGCUUAUUCCAACUGCAACCGCAAGGACAUCGAUGAGGUCUUCUACGAGCCUCCGGUGAACCCGGAGAAGUUGAUGGAGCUCGUUGAAAGGACUCCAAACAAUGUCUUGGACAAGAUGCUUCCAGAAUUGUUGGGCAAGUGGCCCAACACCUAUUCCAUGACCAAGGCCGUGGCUGAAGACUUGAUCAAGAGGAAGUCGCAGGGCAUUCCGACUUGCCUUUACAGACCUUCAAUUGUGGUUGGAACCUACGAGGAACCACACGUGGGGUGGGUGGACAACAUGUUCGGACCCACAGGAGUGGUUGUGGGUGUGGGUUGCGGAUUGAUACGUGUGGGUUGCUGCCACAAAGACAAAACAGCCGAAUUAGUACCAGCGGACUACGUGACCAACGCCUUGAUUGCGGCAACUUACAAAACAGCAGUUGAACGUUCUGACGACAUAAAGGUUUACAAUUACGUGUCCGGACCGGAAAAUAAACUGACCUGGGGCCAAUAUAUGGACUGGACGUCGGAACAAGGGUACCACAUCUUCCCCAUGAGAUCAGUCUGGUACUACAGCUUAACUCUGGUUAAGUCCUUGUUCAUGUUCAACUUGUUGUCCUUCUUCCUCCACUACGUUCCUGCCUUCUUCGUAGACAUUGGGCUGAGGCUCUCGGGAAAGAAACUAAGGCUGACGAAAAUUUACAACAAAAUCCAGAAGUUCAUGCAAGUGAUUGCGUACUUCGCCAGACAGAACUGGAAUUACAGUAACAAAAACACUCAAGAUCUGUGGCUGUCUCUGAAUGAGAAGGACCAAAAGGCGUUUCCUUUCAGCAUGAAAAUGGUGGACUGGAGGAAGCACUGUUUGGCGUCAGUAUGCGGCCUUCGGAUUUUCUUGCUUAAGGAAGGCUGGGACAAUCUUCCAGAAGCCCGGAAAAGAUGUUGGAGGUACUUCAUUCUUCAUAAUGUUGUGAAGUUUACCCUCUAUGGAAUAUUCCUUAGAAUAUUAUAUGGUGUUUUUACGUCAAUUUUAUAUUAACAAUAUUAUGUUUUACUAUGAAUUGUAUAUAUUUUUAGUUACUGUAAUAUUAUUAUUUAUUUUAUAACCGUUGUAUCACAUUGUUAAUAAAUAUGUUAUAAA